CGGAGCUUCGCGUGGAAUAUAACAUUGACAGCGCAACAAGUUUGGUUCAGUCUGGCACGGCAGAAACUCCGAAGCUACAGAUGCGUCGAAGCUGGCUUAAUUCAACUUAGAAACCUAGUCCAAUUACCAUGCAGACAGGAGAAGGAGCUCCUUCCUCAUGACAGCAGCACUGGAGAUGUGAGCGUGGCUCUCGUGGGCUCUGUCUUCAGGGCGAGAUAGCUAGACUUUUCUAAUCAUAUCUGUAAGCAUUUUGUAAUUCCUCCACCAAAGAGCUGCGAGUGGGAUUUCCUUCGUCAGAUUAGACUUUUCUCCAGCUCGCUUCUUAUCAUGGAGAUGCACACGGACGUCUUGCUGGUGACUGCAAACGUUGGAUCACUGUUUGACAAUGUGGGUGAUAUUGAAGGAGACUGGCUGCAAGAGUUCUUCAUGACAGUGCACAAGCAUACGCCGCGCUUCAUCGCCCUGCACUUUCAGGAAGUUGGUGGAAAGGACUAUAAGAGGAACAUGGGCCACGCAAAGAAAUUUUUCCUGACCAUAGAGUCCAGAUGUGAGAUGGCUGACUUCGACAAAGUCUGUGUUUAUGUAGACAGUCAUUUCAAUGAUGUUGACAGUUUCACGGCUCUGGGAAGCAUGUAUUUCAUCCACAAGUCACUGAAAAAUAUCCAACAAUAUGACUUCAAAGUCACAGCAUCUCAUGAAUAAGCUCUCAAGAAGAGGACUAAUAGAAGAGCCAUUAAGAUCAGCGGACCAAUGAAUUUGGUGCCCUAUCAAAUCAGUAUCUCAUAGAUCCUGCACUCACAGCCUACAGCCACGCGACAACUCUAACAUUAGUAUAUUGAUUUUACAUUUGCAUGCUUUUCUUACAAUAUGUCUUGUUUGUUUAUUCCU